AUGGCAGAGAAUCGCGACGAGACAAAUCUGGCUCGACAACUCACUAACCUUGUGUCCUUGAAGGUACCCACUUCAAAUGGAGGACGCUCUAUCUUCUCUAAGGGGCCGGAAAAUUUUCAAGUUUCUCUAAUUGAUUUAGACACAUAUACAAAGGGCCCUGCGGAGCCGUACAUAAUCAGGAAUGAGGAGCAGCUCAGGGAGUAUAUCAAAUCAAGGCCUGAACAUCAGGCGCGGAUCAUCUCGAUAUGUUGCAAAAAUUCAAUCACGCCUCUUCUCAUCACUCAGUCAGCUAUGCAGAUCCUUCUGGACCGAUACGACAUUGGCUUCGAAUUCAUGGACUUGGUUCAGUCUUUUGGGAGAAAACCCCAGGUUUCAGACGCAGGACACGGGAGGAUGACUAUACAUAGACGUCGCAACGGUGCAUACGGUGCGGUCUUCAAGAGCUAUGAAGUCAUUGAGACGAAUUACACCGAUCGAUGGGUGGGUGUCUUCAAUAGAUUCUCCCCUGAGAGGCCUGGCCAGAACUUAUGGAUUAUCCUUCAUCCAAAGCAAAACAGUGAGGCACAACAGCGGAUUGAGUCAGCAACAAAACAUGCUUUGGAUUUCUGCAAUAAUCCAUCUCUUUUGCAUCUGGUCAUUCUGUCGACAUAUAUGGGGAACUGGCGGCUUUGUAUACAGAGUAUUGGAGAAAAGAUUGAAGAGAUGCCAGGCUAA